GUAAACUACAGUUUACUGAAACGAUUUUAACCAUUUAUUUGCGAGCGUGUGAAUGACCUUAGGCUAAAAUAAUAUAUCAAAUAUGGAGUUUACUCAUUCAAAAAUAAAUAAGAAAGUAUGUGUUUGGCUAUUUUAAACUUCUUAUGGUGCACAUAAUAAAUUGAGGUUUACAAUAAGUUCUACUGGCCUUCUUCUGUCGCAUAUAUACCUCAGAAUGGCGAAACAGUUUGGCAUCUGGGAUUGGGUUGUUUUUGGAGCUCUGCUGGGAAUUUCAGCAUUAAUUGGAGUAUUUUAUGCAAUAAAAAGCCACUAUAGCGCGAACACCGACCCAACUGGAGAGUUUCUGAUGGGAGGUAGAAAAAUGCACCUACUUCCGGUUUCUGUCAGCAUCCUAGUCUCCUUUAUGUCCGCCAUUACGAUUCUGGGCGCUCCUGCCGAGAUGUACACAGCCGGGACCUUGUACUUCCUGUAUAUUCUAGGACUCAUACUCGCGUGUGUGGUAUCUGCAACCGUCUUUGUGCCACUGUUUUAUCCGCUAAGGUUGACCAGCAGUUUUGAGUAUUUGGAGGGACGUUUCCAGUCAAAGGUCGCCAAGCUGACAGGGGCUCUCAUAAUGAUUGUACAACAGGUAGUGUACAUGGGUAUAGCAUCGUUUGCUCCUUCUACCGCAUUAGAGGCAGUGACAGGAUUUCCAACUUGGGCAACAAUUGUUACAAUAGGCUGUGUGUCCACAUUCUACACAUUCCUGGGUGGAAUGAAAGCAGUAGUAUGGACAGACGUGUUCCAGUCUACAAUAAUGGUGGCCGGACUUUUAGCUAUUGUUAUACAGGGCAUCUUUAAAGUUGGCAGCUUUAAUGAAGUCUGGAAAAUAAACAAAGAAUGGGACAGAAUAGACUUCUGGGAAGCUGACCCUGAUCCAACAGUACGUCAUUCCGUAUGGUCCCUAAUUAUUGGGACAGCUGUUACUUGGACAGGUGCGUUCGGUGUAAGUCAGGCGAGUGUUCAGCGAUUCUGUGCUGUGGAAACGUUUAAGAAAGCUAAAGCGUCAGUCCUUAUAAAUAUAAUAGGCUGUAUUGUGUUAGUGGUCCUUGCUUCCCUUGCUGGAGUGGUAAUGUUUGCCUACUAUGCACAGUCAGGGUGUGAUCCCCUGUCUGCCAAAGAAGUGAGUAACGCCAACCAGCUGAUACCAUAUUUUGUAAUGGAGAUACUGGGAUAUCCGGGAUUGCCUGGCCUGUUUGUGUCGUGCCUUUUUAGUGGUGCAUUGAGUACAAUGUCAUCCUGUCUAAAUGCACUGGCGGCCGUGUGCUGGGAAGAUGUGUUUAAACCUUUGAUCGGUGAAAAAGUGUCGGAAUCUACAAAGACCUGGAUCACAAGAGUUCUUGUUGCAGUGUUUGGUGGAGCAGGCAUUGGGUUUGCAUUUAUGGCCAAAAAUCUUGGUGGGACUGUUCUUCAGGCUUCUCUAAGUUUUACCGGUGCAGCAACCGGGCCGCUUCUUGGCAUUUUUCUCCUUGGUGGCUUGUUUCCUUGGGCGAAUGCAGCAGGGUGUGUAGUCGGAGGAAUUCUUGGACUUGUCAUGGGAAUGUGGGUCAGUUUUGGGGCAUACAGCCUCCCUCGUAGUGGCUUCCCUCUGGACUUUCCAGUUGAAAAUUGUUCCUUACCUAUGGUAUAUAACAAUGCGACAGCCAGUUCGACGUCAGCAACACUCUCUGUCGUUCAACAUUUUUACACCGUCUCAUACCUGUGGUUUUCAUCAAUCGGUACAGCUACGACAGUCAUUGCUGGCCUGCUCGUUAGUUUGUGCACAGCGCCCUGCUUCCCAAAACAAGACGUUGAUCCAAAAUAUCUCAUACCAUUAUUUGACCGUCUAUUCUGCUGUUUCCCGGAGUCAUGGCGACGUCUUUGUCGGUGCGGCUAGGACUUCAAGGAGCCUGAAGAGCUUGCCAAUGACAAAGAAAAUGAAAUUUUAGAGAAAAGUACAGUUCUAUCUAGUAUAACAGCUUUAGAGGAUAAGCAUGAUAGCCAGUCUAAUUUAGCAUACAUGAAUGGAGUAUCGGGUCUGGCGUACAGACCUAGCAGAUCCGAGUUCGUCUAUGACAAUUCGGCGUAUAACAAGGAUAAGGGCGGUAAUCAGGCAGUAUUUGUAGCUAACGUUUGAAGAUGUAAAGGGCAAUAACUGUGCUUUGUUGUACUAUACAUCUUUAUCUAAAAAAAAGAAUAAUUAAUAUGUGUUCAAAGAGUGUUCUUAAAUUACUUGGACGUUAUUUGUAUCAUUUAAACAAUUAAACAUAACGGUAAAAGUAAAUGUCAGGUAGAAAAUGUAGAAAGUCCCAUAGGAUACUCUGGGUUAAAUGGAUUUAUUCAUACGAUCAUUAUGAAUUUUCCCCUGCGUCUAAUCUGAAUGUAAUACUUUUUUCCCGGGCGGACAUUGCUAAGAUUUAAUGUUAAGAAACAUAUCAUCUAAUUAUUUAACAUCUUUUCAAUGUAAACAAAUAUUGAUGAAUUCCAUUUUAUUUGCUGGAUCACUUUCAAAUCUAGAAGGGUUUUUCAUGCGGAUUUUAGUGUUAAUUAAAUUCGUGUCAUUUUCUUUAAUAUUUAAAAAGCCUUUGUUAGCAUUAUAUAUGCGGUUAUGAAUUAGAAUUAACAUCUUA